CAUGCUGCCCUGGAGGCGAGCCCUGCGGGUGGCGGGGCUCCUCCGCUCGGCCGCCGCCGAUCCCCGCCCCGGGACCUCCCGCCGAACGCGCUGCGGGCCGGGCGAGCGGCCGGUGGGGCGCGGGGUCGCGCUGCCCGCGGGGCCGGACCUGCGGCAGUUCCUGAGGGGAGCCGCCGCGGGGGAGCCCCGGCCCGAGCCGGGCCCUGUCCCCGGCACUGGGAAAGUGUACCUGGAGACGUAUGGCUGCCAGAUGAACGUCAAUGACAUGGAGAUUGCCUGGGCCAUCCUGCAGAAGAAUGGCUAUGCGAGGACAAAGGAGUUGGAUGAGGCAGAUGUGAUUCUCCUUGUCACCUGUUCUGUGAGGGAGAAGGCAGAGCAGGCUAUCUGGAAUCGCCUGCGGCACCUCAAGGCGCUGAAAGCCCGGCGGCAGCAGGCUCGCUUACCUCUCCGCAUCGGGAUUCUAGGAUGCAUGGCUGAGAGGCUUAAGGAGGAGAUUCUGCACAGGGAGAAGCUAGUCGAUAUUGUGGCAGGCCCUGAUGCAUAUCGUGACCUUCCCCGGCUGCUGGCCGUGGCAGAGUCUGGCCAGCAAGCUGCUAAUGUCCUGCUAUCGCUAGAUGAGACUUACGCAGAUAUUCUGCCUGUCCAGACUAGUGCAGGUGGCACAACAGCUUUUGUAUCUAUCAUGCGGGGCUGUGACAACAUGUGUAGCUAUUGCAUUGUGCCCUUCACCCGUGGCCGUGAAAGGAGCCGCCCCAUCGCAUCCAUCCUGCAGGAAGUGCAGAUGCUCUCGGAUCAGGGAGUGAAAGAAGUGACCCUUUUGGGUCAGAACGUCAACAGCUUUCGAGACAUGUCUGAGGUGCAGUUUCAAUCAGCGGCUGCCCCAGUCCUCAGUCGUGGCUUUAGCACAGUCUACAAAGCUAAACCAGGAGGCUUGCGCUUUGCACAUCUUCUAGACCAGGUUUCUAGAAUUGAUCCAGAAAUGAGGAUCCGUUUCACCUCGCCACACCCCAAGGAUUUUCCUGAUGAGGUCCUGCAGCUUAUCCAGGAGCGACACAACAUCUGCAAACAGCUUCACCUCCCAGCCCAGAGUGGAAGCACACGAGUCCUGGAGGCCAUGCGACGAGGAUACACAAGAGAAGCAUAUUUAGAGCUUGUACACCAUGUGCGUGAGUCCAUUCCAGGAGUGAGGUUAAGCAGUGAUUUCAUUGCCGGCUUCUGUGGAGAGACAGAAGAAGACCACCAGCAGACCCUGUCCUUGCUGCGGGAAGUUCGCUACAAUGUAGGCUUCCUGUUUGCCUACAGCAUGAGACAGAAAACCCGGGCAUAUCACCGGCUCCAAGACGAUGUGCCUGCAGACAUAAAAAAGAGGCGGCUGGAGGAGCUCAUUACUGUCUUUCGAGAGGAGGCUGCAAGAGCAAACGAGGCGAUGGUGGGCCAGUCUCAGCUGGUGCUGGUGGAGGGGCCCAGCAAGCGCUCUGCCUUGGAGUUGUGUGGGAGGAAUGACGGCAACAUCAAGGUGAUCUUCCCUGAUGCCGAGAUAGAGGAUGCUGCGGGCUGCAAGGCUCUGGUCAGAGCCCAGCCAGGGGACUAUGUGUUGGUGAAGGUAACCUCUGCCAGCUCUCAGACCUUGAAGGGAGUUCCGCUCUGUCGUACUAGCCUCUCCCGCUCUGCAGCUUGUCAUUGAGGUAUCCCUGCUGCCGGUGGACAGAAGCAGCACAUUUUCCCCAGGAAGAAACAAGGAAGUUUGGUCAGAUGGAGAUAGGGUAGAAACAGGGAGAUAUAUGUGUAUUAGAAUAUGUAUAUGAAAUAUUAGUAAAAUAUAUAUAUUUCUGUUUUGGCAACAACCUACCCCUCAUAGAUCUGUGCAAGUUUGUAGGCAAAAGGGAUGGAAGCUGUGUAUGGAUUUGCCAAACCCAGGUACUGUGUAAUCUUUUGUUUUCACUUGCCCUCAGGCUUGGCCCACCCUUGCAGUGCUGCAGGUCUGUCCUCUGACUUUGAUCAUGUCCUCUCAUGCAGCCCAGCUUGGGAAAUUUAUGUCUGCAGAGCAGGUCAUUCCUACUAGCUCAGUUGAAUUUAGGAGUUGCAAAAACUGGUAGUGCCUGGAAAAUAAAGCUCCAGUAACUGCUGGAGAAUGGUAGGAGUACUGCCAAAGGGGAGGAAGAACUCAGAGAACAGGAGAAGAUUGUGAUCAAUUCUUUCCAAAUAUUGGUAACUUCCCUAUUUGCAAAAUGCUUGGAAAGGGCAAGUAAGAACCUGCACCGUGCCUGUGUGAUGGAAUAUGGCACUGAACUGUGGAAUACAAAAUGGUGUUUAACAUGCACAAGUGAUGCUUAAUCUGUUGUAUCUGAGGCCGAGGGAAUGCAGCCUUGCCCUUGUACUGGGGAUAUCUGGAUCUAGGUUAGAGAGGUUUUCCCUGUCCCCAGGCCUAAGGGGCUGCAUGGUAAGGACUGGCUGCCAGCCGAGGGUUAUCUCUAGCCUGUUAAAACUUUAGGUGCAGCUUUGUAAUCCAAACAUCUGUGGAUGUCCUUCCCUUUGCUCACUAGAAGAGAGACGUGGUUGUACUGAUUUAAAUGGCCAGUAAGUUCCUUAAGUGCAUCUUACAAGAGUUUCUUGUUUUUAUCAGCCUGUAGCUAACUGUGGCUGCACUGUGUCAUAUUCCAGCCUGGUCUGCUAAAUUCAAACAAGUACCUGUAACUUGUAAGUAAACUCUUACGAGAUGUGAGAGUCAGCCCUUUUAAUAUAGGUAAUCAUUAGUAAAAGAAUUCAUUGUGAAAGGCUCUAUCCAGUGACAAAUUUUGAAGGAAAAGCUGAUCAACUCUUACAGAGAAGUCACAACAUGAAUUUGCAGAAUUUUAAAAUAAACAUAAAAGGGUUUUGCUAGAAA